AUGGACCUUUUGCUGCCAAGUUCUUUUAAGCAACUCAUGGAGGCGGGCGACUACGCCGACUGCUGUGUAAUUGUUGGAACGCGCAGGUUCCCUUGCCACAAGGUGAUACUGGGUGCGGCUUCUGAGUUCUUUAAGCGCACCUUUCAGCCGGGUUUUGCUGAGGCAGAAACAGGCGAAGUGACCCUAACCGGUGUUACGGAGGACACUUUCGAAAAGUUCCGUCUAUAUGUCUACACCUACGACAGGACAUCCCUGAAAGACUACAGCAACCAGGUUAUUAUCAAGCUGAUGGAGUGCGCCAAUAUGUGGAUGGUCGAACCGUUACAGCUGGCCUGCGAGGAUAACUUCAAGAAAAGAUAUCCCAAAAUGAUGUACUCGGAUAUGCUACUUUACUUUGAGCAUGGGCAUCACGUUCACGAUAUGAAACUGAUCGACAAGAUUUCAGAAGGUCUAAAGCAAAACAUUGUUGCCAAGUCAAUCCCAGGAGGAAUCUAUGAACUGGGUUCGGAUGUCUUCAGAGAGUAUUUGAAGACUAUAGAGGGCUCCGUGGAAGAGAUAACUCGAUUUCACAUUGUAGAGAAGUAUGUGGCCAUUCACGGAUUUGAACUCGACCAAAACCAAAGCGAUCUUAAUAAGAUAGAAUGCAAGGGGCUGGAAAAUAAAAGGGAGACAAAUCCGGAAACUCCAAAAGAUCUGUCAGUUAAUCCAGUCGCCAAUCCAAAGCCGAUCGAGGUAAAGAACUCAAACUUUUCUGAUGCAAACUCUGUAUCCUUGGACCCCAAUGUUAAAAAGAUCCAUAGCCACUAUAUCGAGACCUUGUUGAGUCUUAUUGACUUUUCUAAGAUGACAGUUAAUGAGUUCUUCGGGGGGCCUGGAAAAUCCAAAAUCGUGUCCCUUAAGAACAACUUAUAUUUUCUGUAUCAAAUAGCUGAAAGACUCCAAAAAACUGUAAAUGAAUACAACUACCCUUACGACUCGGAUGAAUAA